GCUGGAGCUAGAGCUGGAGCUGGAGCUAGAGCCGGAGCCCGCGGCUACGGCAGUGGCCGGCCGAGCGUGUGCCGAGUGGGGGAAGACCAGGCGGCGGCGAUGCUACCGCCUUCGUAAGGGGCGCCGAGGAGGUCGUGGCGCUUAAGGCCCCAGAAGGCGCGGAGGCGCUGCGGGCUGGGGUCGGUGGCUUUGGGCGCCAGCCCGGCCAUGGUGGCUGCGGGCGGUGGUUGGCGCGGCAGCGCUGCGGCCCGGGGCCGUGCGGGGCCAGGACAGUCGCGGCACUGACGGCCGCGGGGCCCAGCCGCAGACAUGAAGCGGAGUCGCUGCCGCGACCGACCGCAGCCGUCGCCGCCCGCCCGCCGGGAGGAUGGGGCUCAGCGGGCGGUGGAGCUUCCUCAGCCCCUGCCCCUGCGCCGGCGAGCGCCGCCCGGGAGGCAGCGACUGGAGGAGCGGACCCGGCCCGUAGGGCCCGAGGCCAAGGAGCAGGAUGUGGUAACUGGACUUAGUCCCCUGCUCUUCAGAAAGCUCAGUAAUCCUGACAUAUUUUCAUCCACUGGAAAAACUAAACUCCAACGACAACUUAGUCAGGAUGACUGUAAGUUACGGAGAGGAAGCCUGGCUGGUUCUCUGUCAGGUAAGCAGCUGCUCCCUUUGUCCAGCAGUGUACAUAGCAGUGUGGGACAGGUGACUUGGCAGUCUUCAGGAGAAGCAUCAAACCUGGUUAGAAUGAGAAACCAGUCCCUUGGACAGUCUGCACCUUCUCUUACUGCUGGCUUGAAGGAGUUGAGCCUUCCAAGAAGAGGCAGCUUUUGUCGGACAAGUAACCGCAAGAGCUUGAUUGUGACCUCUAGUACAUCACCUACACUACCACGGCCACACUCACCACUCCAUGGUUUCACAGGUAACAGUCCUUUGGACAGCCCCCGGAAUUUCUCUCCAAAUGCACCUGCUCAUUUUUCCUUUGUUCCUGCCCGUAGCCAUGGCCACAGAGCAGACAGGACUGAUGGACGGCGCUGGUCUUUGGCCUCUUUGCCUUCUUCAGGUUAUGGAACCAACACUCCUAGCUCUACCGUCUCGUCAUCGUGCUCCUCACAGGAAAAGCUGCAUCAGUUACCCUUUCAGCCUACAGCUGAUGAGCUGCACUUUUUGACAAAGCAUUUCAGCACAGAGAGUGUACCAGAUGAGGAGGGACGGCAGUCCCCAGCCAUGCGGCCCCGCUCCCGCAGCCUCAGUCCUGGACGGCCCCCAGUGUCCUUUGACAGUGAAAUAAUAAUGAUGAAUCAUGUGUACAAAGAAAGAUUCCCAAAGGCCACUGCACAAAUGGAAGAGCGACUGGCAGAGUUCAUUUCCUCCAACACUCCAGACAACGUGUUGCCCUUGGCAGACGGGACCCUGAGCUUUAUCCAUCAUCAGGUGAUUGAGAUGGCUCGAAACUGCCUGGAUAAAUCUCGAAGUGGCCUCAUUACAUCACACUACUUCUAUGAGCUUCAAGAGAAUUUAGAGAAACUUCUGCAAGAUGCUCAUGAGCGCUCAGAGAGCUCAGAGGUGGCUUUUGUGAUACAGCUGGUAAAAAAGCUGAUGAUUGUCAUUGCCCGCCCAGCUCGUCUCCUGGAAUGCCUGGAGUUUGACCCUGAAGAGUUCUACCACCUGUUAGAGGCAGCUGAGGGCCAUGCCAAAGAGGGACAAGGGAUUAAAUGUGACAUUCCCCGCUACAUCGUUAGCCAACUGGGCCUCACACGGGAUCCCCUGGAGGAAAUGGCGCAGUUGAGCAGCUAUGACAGCCCUGAUACUCCAGAGACAGAUGAUUCAGUUGAGGGCCGUGGGGCAUCUCUGCCAUCUAAAAAGACACCCUCUGAGGAGGACUUUGAAACCAUUAAGCUCAUCAGCAAUGGCGCCUAUGGGGCCGUAUUUCUGGUGCGGCAUAAGUCCACCCGGCAGCGCUUUGCCAUGAAGAAGAUCAACAAACAGAACCUGAUCCUACGGAACCAAAUCCAGCAGGCCUUCGUGGAGCGUGACAUACUGACUUUCGCUGAGAACCCCUUUGUGGUCAGCAUGUUCUGUUCCUUUGAGACCAAGCGUCACUUGUGCAUGGUGAUGGAGUAUGUUGAAGACUGCAAGCCUGAGAAUUGGAUCCCUCCCUCAUGGUGGCCUGGGCUUGUUGCAGGGGGAGACUGUGCCACCCUGCUGAAGAACAUUGGGGCCCUGCCUGUGGACAUGGCACGUCUGUACUUUGCGGAAACUGUGCUGGCCCUGGAGUACUUACACAACUAUGGCAUCGUUCACCGUGACCUGAAGCCUGACAACCUCCUGAUUACGUCCAUGGGGCAUAUCAAGCUCACUGACUUUGGACUUUCUAAAAUUGGCCUCAUGAGUCUGACAACAAACUUGUACGAGGGCCACAUUGAAAAGGAUGCUCGGGAGUUCCUGGACAAGCAGGUAUGCGGGACCCCAGAGUACAUUGCACCUGAGGUGAUCCUGCGUCAGGGCUAUGGGAAGCCAGUGGACUGGUGGGCCAUGGGCAUAAUCCUGUAUGAGUUCCUGGUGGGUUGCGUCCCUUUCUUUGGAGACACUCCAGAGGAGCUCUUUGGACAAGUGAUCAGUGAUGAAAUUGUGUGGCCUGAGGGUGAUGAUGCACUGCCCCCAGACGCCCAGGACCUCACCUCCAAACUGCUCCACCAGAACCCUCUGGAGAGACUGGGUACAGGCAGUGCCUAUGAGGUGAAGCAGCACCCAUUCUUUAUGGGUCUGGACUGGACAGGACUUCUUCGCCAGAAGGCUGAAUUUAUUCCUCAACUGGAGUCGGAAGAUGAUACCAGCUACUUUGACACCCGCUCAGAGCGAUACCACCAUGUGGACUCGGAGGACGAGGAGGAAGUGAGCGAGGACGGCUGCCUUGAGAUCCGGCAGUUCUCUUCCUGCUCUCCAAGGUUCAGCAAGGUGUACAGUAGCAUGGAGCGGCUCUCACUGCUUGAGGAGCGUCAGACACCGCCCUCCACCAAGCGCAGCCUCAGUGAGGAGAAGGACCGCUCCGAUGGCCUGCCAGGGCUGAAGGGCCGAGACCGGAGCUGGGUCAUUGGCUCCCCUGAGAUAUUGCGGAAGCGGCUGUCAGUGUCUGAGUCAUCCCACACAGAGAGUGACUCCAGCCCUCCAAUGACAGUGCGACGCCGUUGCUCAGGCCUCCUAGAUAUGCCUCGAUUCCCUGAGGGCCCUGAGGAGACCAGCAGCAUGCCCAGGAGGCAGCAGCAGGAGGGUAUAUGGCUCCUGACACCCUCAUCUGGAGAGGGGGUGUCUGGUCCUGUCCCAGUGGAGCAGCGGCUGAAGCUGUAUGAGGAAGCUGUUGGCCAGAGUGGUGGUUCCAGUCCAGCCAUGGAGACCCAAGGCCAUGGGACCCCACAGCUGGCCGAGGGAGCUGCAGCCAAGGCCAUCAGCGACCUGGCUGUGCGUAGGGCCCACCACCGGCUGCUCUCUGGGGACUCUAUAGAGAAGCGCACUGCUCGCCCUGUCAACAAAGUGAUCAAGUCCGCCUCAGCCACAGCCCUCUCCCUCCUCAUUCCUGCGGAACACCACAUCUGCUCUCCAUUGGCCAGCCCAAUGUCCCCACAUUCCCAGUCGUCCAACCCGUCAUCCAGGGACUCUUCCCCAAGCAGGGACUUCUUGCCAGCCCUCGGCAGCUUGAGGCCUCCCAUCAUCAUCCAUCGAGCUGGCAAGAAGUAUGGCUUCACCCUGCGGGCCAUUCGCGUCUACAUGGGUGACUCAGAUGUCUACACUGUGCACCACAUGGUGUGGCACGUGGAGGAUGGAGGUCCUGCCAGUGAGGCAGGGCUUCGUCAGGGAGACCUCAUCACCCACGUGAACGGAGAACCUGUGCAUGGGCUGGUGCACACGGAGGUGGUGGAGCUGAUCCUGAAGAGUGGAAACAAGGUAUCUAUUUCAACAACUCCUCUGGAGAAUACAUCCAUUAAAGUGGGUCCAGCUCGGAAGGGCAGCUACAAGGCCAAGAUGGCCCGAAGAAGCAAGCGGAGCCGGGGCAAGGAUGGGCAAGAAAGCAGAAAAAGGAGCUCCCUGUUCCGGAAGAUCACAAAGCAGGCAUCCCUGCUCCACACCAGCCGCAGCCUUUCUUCUCUUAACCGCUCCUUGUCAUCAGGGGAGAGUGGACCAGGCUCUCCCACACACAGCCACAGCCUUUCUCCCCGAUCUCCCACUCAGGGCUACCGGGUGACCCCCGAUGCUGUGCAUUCAGUGGGGGGAAACUCAUCACAGAGCAGCUCCCCCAGCUCCAGUGUGCCCAGUUCCCCUGCAAGCUCUGGGCACACACGGCCCAGCUCUCUACAUGGUCUGGCACCCAAGCUCCAGCGUCAGUACCGCUCUCCACGGCGCAAGUCAGCAGGCAGCAUCCCACUGUCACCACUGGCCCAUACCCCUUCACCACCACCACCGGCAGCUUCACCUCAGCGUUCCCCAUCGCCCCUCUCUGGCCACGGAACCCAGGCCUUUCCCACCAAGUUUCACUUGUCGCCUCCCCUAGGCAGGCAACUCUCACGACCCAAGAGUGCAGAGCCACCCCGCUCACCACUACUUAAAAGAGUACAGUCAGCUGAGAAACUGGCGGCUGCACUUGCUGCUUCGGAGAAGAAGCUAGCCCCUUCUCGCAAGCAUAGCCUUGACCUGCCUCACUCUGAGCUAAAGAAGGAACUACCACCUAGGGAAGUCAGCCCUCUGGAGGUAGUUGGGACCAGGGGUGUGUUAUCUGGGAAGGGGGCACUGCCAGGGAAGGGGGUGCUGCAGCCUGCUUCAUCAUGGGCCCUAGGCACACUCCGGCAGGACCGAGCUGAACGACGAGAAUCACUGCAGAAGCAAGAAGCUAUCCGGGAGGUAGACUCCUCAGAGGAUGACACCGAUGAGGGGACUGAGAACAGCCAGGGUGUACGGGAGCCAGGCUUGGCACAUAAGCCAGAAGUGAGCCAGAAUCCACCCUCCAGAGGAGCAGGAGAGGGUGGGGGAGAAGAGACCUUCUUGCCCAAAGACCCCAGGAGCCAAGGCCCAGUGGUCCUGGGCCUAUUGACAGAGAUCACCCUGGGACCUCCCAAAAUAGACGGUCCUGGUGUCCCCCAGAAGAAGCUUGGGAGCCCACAAGCUUUUGAGGAGGCUGCCAGCUCCUCUUCACCUGCCCCUAGUUUGGGUAGGUCUGGACCCACAGACCCCACCCCCCCUGAAGGCUGCUGGAAGACCCAGCACCUCCAUACCCAGGCACUGACAGCACUUUGUCCCGGCUCUUCAGGACUCAUACCCACCAGUUGCUCUGCUGCUGCCUCCACCUCUGGGAAGCCAGGCACGUGGUCCUGGAAAUUCCUUAUUGAGGGUCCGGACAGAGCAUCCCCAAGCAGAAAGGCAACAAAGGGAGGUGGGCUAGCUAACCCCCAGGAUUUGGAAACCACAACUCCAACCUACUCUAAGAACCUGUCUCCCAGGCAGGAGGGAAAAUCUUGGCCAUCCAGUGCCCCUGGGCUGGCCCAUCCACCUUGUGGGGUUUCCAGCCAAAGCUGGCUGUGGGAGCCUGAACAUGCACAAGUUGAGAAAGAGGAGUCAUCCCUGAGCAUCACCAAAGUGCCGGAUGCCUCAGGUGACAGAAGACAGGAUCUUGCAUACAGAGGCUGCUCCCUAACCCAGGAGCCUGGGCCCUGCCUGCUCUGGAGGGGCCGAGAACCAGGGGGCCGUCAAAAGCAUCAGGACUUGGCAUUGGCACCAGACGAGCUUUUAAAGCAAACAUAGUAGUCAUUUGCCAUUUCUUGCACUCAAACCUGUGUAAUAACACGCUCCUGGAAACCGUC